AUGACUGACGUGGGUUCCGAGUUGCUGUCCGAUCCGGCCAGAUCCUUCUUUGGUUUCAGUCCCACCUUCGUCGCCACUGUAGCUGAGUGGGGCGAAGUGCCCGUGCAACUGGAAGCGAGACCAUCGAUGGAAAAAAUGAAGAACGGUGACGAGUCACUGUUCUACACGUUUUAUCGGAUGUCGCCGGCUACUUUUGACGUGCUGCACAGCCUGGUCAAGGAGAAGCUCACGAAGGACCAAUGCCCCUCGAGGGAACCCAUUUCUUCUGGGGAGCGCCUCGCGCUGACCUUGAGGUACCUGUCGUCGGGUAUGCUGGUGAGGGACGCAGCCAUGGCAUUCCGUGUGGGCAUCGAGACGGCGCAGAAGAUCAUUCACAAAACCUGCACCGUGCUGUGGGAAGUCUUGGCUCCUGAAUACAUGAAGACACCAACAGAAGAAGAGUGGCUGGAAAUCGCUGCUGGGUUCUGCAACCGUUGGCAGUUCCCAAAUUGCAUUGGAGCGGUCGACGGCAAGCACAUUCAAAUUAAAUGCCCCCGCAAUGGUGGAAGUUUGUACUUCAAUUACAAGGGAACCCAUUCCAUUGUAUUGAUGGCUGUCGUCGAUAGCCAAUACCUGUUCAGGUUGGUGAAUGUGGGUGCACCUGGAAGGUUCAGCGAUGGGGGAAUUUUUCAAGAUUCUCCCAUCGGCGAGCGACUGCAUGAGGGCAAGCUCAGCCUACCUCGAGCAGCCAUGCUCCCAAGGUCAGGAAUAGUUUGUCCUCAUGUGUUUGUUGGCGAUGAGGCCUUCCAGUUGCGCCCAGACUUCAUGAGGCCACUACCAGGGAGCCGGAGUGUACCUGCGGAGGUGAUCUACAACUACCGCCUUAGUCGUGCAAGGCGCUAUGUGGAAAACGCCUUCGGCAUUCUUGUCUCUCGCUGGCGGAUCUACGAGAGGCAAAUAAACUUGGAGCCGGAGAAUGUGGAGGCCGUUGUGAAAGCAACAUGCGUGCUGCACAACUUCUUAUCAUCAAACCCUGCUUCAACGUACUGCCCUCCUGGCUACGCGGAUUUUCAAGACACCUUUGGAAAUGUGUCGAAUUGCCACUGCAUCGUGGCACACAGCAUUUGCACGGCAUCUCACCGUCGCACCUUCAACAUUCUGAAGCCGCACGUGCGUUGCUGCGACGUGCUGGGACCGGCCGAACUGGUCAAGCCGCCUCUUGCAGCCGCCCCAUUAGCUGACGUGGUGCGACUGGAAAAGAAGGAGAACUGA